AUGACAUUUGCUGUUGGAUUUGCUUACAUGGAAUCUGAGAAGACGGACAAUUAUCAUUGGGCGUUAGAUAUAUUUCCACAUACUACUAAUAUGCUUUGUACGUGGCACAUAAUCAAAAAUGUGAAUGCGAGAUGCACCGUGCAAAUACCUAAGGAUAUGAAACAGAAGGUGAAAAAUUUGUGGAGAGAUGUUGUUGAAAGUCCGGAUGAGGUGGAGUAUCAGCAACGGUUGAAUGCGUUUCAGCAAGCAUGUGUUAAUUCAAGCAAUUUUGUCGAAUAUGUCAAUAACACCUGGUUGGCCCCUCACAAAGAACAAUUUGUUGAAGCAUGGACCAAUCGAGUGAUGCAUUUAGGAAACACAACGACUAAUAGAGUUGAGUCUGCACAUUGGAGACUGAAGAAAAUGUUGGAACACAGCAAAGGAGACUUAUGCAAGUGUUUGGAAGGCAUGAAUGACAACAUAAGACUAGAAGUUGACAAAAUAAAGAAGUCUUUUCAAAAAAGUUUUUACUAUACAGAAAAGACACAUAGCAGUCCAUUUUUUCAAUAUUUGAGAAACUUUGUCUCCAGGGCCGCUAUGACACUAAUUUCUGAUGAGAUGGAGAGAAUUGGCAUUGUUGGAACAAAUAAAAACUUGUGUGGUUGCAAACUUAGGUCAACAUCGGUGUACCGAUACCGUUAA